CAAAAUAUGAAAAAUUUGAGGUUAAGUGAUUAGGAUUAUCAAUCAAUGGAUCAAUUUUAAAUUCAAGAUUCAUCUUCUUUCAGACAAUGUUCAUUUUUGCCCAAGUAGUUUAAGAAAAUUUCAUCUUAAAUAGCCGUGCAUCUUUGUUGUAAAUACAAUAAUGGUUCAUGUGAGUCUCCGCAAUUUCUGUUCGAUAACUCCCAAGUUUCGAGAUUCCUUCAAACUGCCUAACAACAAUGUUCUUCGAUGGUUUCCAGGGCACAUGAAUAGAGGUUUGAAAGACAUGGAGAAUAAGCUGAGGAGUGUUGACUGUAUUAUAGAAGUUCAUGAUGCAAGAAUACCUCUUUCAGGCCGAAAUCCUCAGUUUAAAAAUACUGUGUGUGGAAUAAAACCUCAUAUACUAAUCCUCAACAAAACGGAUUUGAUAGACAAUAAGAAACUGCCAGUUAUUGAAAAAGUAGUCAAGAAAGAAGGUGGUGCCAAUGAUGUGAUUUUUACAAACUGUAGAGAUGAAAAAUGUAAAGGUGUUCAGAAGGUCCUUCCAACUGUUAUGCAAUUAAUUCGUAAUUCAACUCGUUAUAAUCGGGCGGAAGUGAAAGAAUUUUCCCUCAUGGUCAUUGGAGUUCCAAAUGUAGGAAAGUCAACCUUUCUAAAUCACAUCAGAAAGUCGAACAUAAAAAAAGGUGGUGGAGCAAAAACAGGUGCAAAAGCAGGAAUCACGCGUUCCGUCUCAAAUCGGAUAAAAGUCUCAACUGAUCCAUUAGUUUAUGUGUUUGAUACCCCUGGAAUAUGGACUCCAUAUAUCCCAGACAUUGAGACCGGGAUGAAACUUGCCUUAUGCGAAACCACACAAGAUCACUUGGUUCAAUUUUUAAACAUGGCUGACUAUUUACUAUACUGGUUUAAUAAGAAUAAGCAAUUUAGGUAUUUGCAGACGUUCGAUCUUGAAGAGCCCUCUGAUGAUAUACGACUUGUGUUGACUAAGCUUGCCAUUACUUGCAAAUUUUAUUCCAAAAGGAAGUCAAUUGAAGAUGGGAAGUACCGCAUGGUACCCAACUUAGACAUGGCUGCCUCCCAUUUUGUGACAUCAUUCCGCAAGGGAGAACUGGGUAAAAUCAUACUUGAUAGUGACAAAUUAUUUCCCAAUGAAACGAAACCUGAAGUGACCAUUGAUAGCUCUUUUUCUCAUGUUGUUAACUGAAAACUUUUUUGUUCUUCUUUUUUAUGUUUAAUGUAUGUAAUAUAUUUUCGUUACUUUGUACCAAAAAAUUUACAUUUUUAUGAAAACCCAAAGCAUUUUCUCUGAAUUAAAAAAUAACUUUAAUUUUUAAAAUGUUUCGAGUGCAUUUGAUCAGACGCUUUUAAUACAGUAAUGUGCGACUAUAA